AUGGCACCAAAGAAAGUCAUGAAGUCAGACGCUCCACUCAAGAGGCCAAAGCUAACCGCCAAGUUGGAUGCCAAAACAUUCGGCCGCUGUUACUGGGAGGUGAAGGAGCUGACCGACUUCUGCCGUGAGCAGGGUCUUUCAGUGACAGGCCUGAAGGCUGAUAAAGCUCGCCGUGUGGAGAUCUUUUUGCAAAGCGGCAGGAAGGAAGCCAGCUCUCCGAGAUCAUCUAGCUCGGGCUCCCGGGACAGCGCGCUUCCGGGCGGGAUUACUCUGAAGACCCCGGUGCGCAACUACAACAAUGACGCGAUCACGCGAACAUUUUUUCAAAAGCAUUGUGGGGAAGGGUUUCGAUUCAAUGACUACCUCCGUGGCUUUGCCAAAGCUGUACCAAAAGGCAAGCCCGUGACUUAUGGGGAUUUGGUCAAUGGCUGGAAGGCAGCCGAGGACAAGCGUGCUCACGGAAUGACACGUAUCGGAAAGCAGUUUGAGUACAACCAGUUCGCUCGAGAUUUCUUUGCAGCAAAUGCAUCUAGCGGCCGGCAGGAUAUGAUGUCUGCUUGGAAGACAGUGCGCAGCUUCCAGGGUCCCAACACAUACAAAGAGUACAAGAAGCUUCAGAAACGAAAGGCCAGCUGA